UAGGCGGGACGUCGUCCUGCAGAACGAUCUACUCAAAAUUCAACCGUUGUGAUUGUGUUCGCGAAUCCACUCCACAAACUGUUUGAUUGUUUGAUGGAAACCCAAACGCACACUAGUUGAGGCGUUUUAAGUGUUCUGCUAGCCUGAGAAAAGUAUCUGGUUCCACACGAUUAAGUAAAGGAAAGCGCUUAAGUUAGGUUAGCUAAGCUAACUACCUAGCUUGAAGCAUGCCGAAUUUUUGCGCGGCCCCAAACUGUACAGGGAAGAGCACACAGUCAGAUAUGGCAUUUUUUCGUUUUCCACGGGACCCAGAAAGAUGCCGAAUCUGGGUAGAGAACUGCCGCAGAGCAGCUUUUGAGGCAAAAACGUCAGACCAGCUGAAUAAGCACUACAGAUUAUGUGCCAAACACUUCGACCCUGCGAUGGUGUGCAAAACCAGCCCCUACAGGACUGUAUUGAAGGACACAGCCAUUCCAACCAUAUUUGAUCUGACAAGCCAUCUAAAUAAUCCUCAUACCAGACAUCGCAAGCGAAUAAAAGAACUUACUGAAGAAGAUUCAAGGAAGAUUAAAGAAAGGAGAUUGGCUUCUAUUGAGCAGCUUGCUUCCAAAAAAGAUGGAGCUGUUGAGGACAACUCAAGCACCAAUGAGGAUGAACCUCAACUGUCCACAGAGGAGAAGGAGUUUCGUGACCACCUGCGGUCCUUGUUUGAGGUUGUGNUACAGUUGACCUGCUUUUAA